UACGGAACACGCACGACUGUCGUGACAGAAAAUUGAGUCAGUUCCGCAAGCAGAGCGCGAGAGCGGUUGCGUCUCUGUUCCGUUUAUAAUUAUAAAAUACAUUCGUAUAUGAUGGCGUCCGCGAAAAGAAAGCAAGACGAGAAGAAUUUGAAAAUAUUACGCGAACUGGUUUCGCAAUCUGGUAAUAAAGAAUGUUUUGACUGCCAUCAACGAGGCCCAACUUACGUCAACAUGACAAUCGGUUCAUUCGUCUGUACCUCUUGUUCUGGUAUGCUACGAGGUUUAACACCACCACAUAGAGUAAAGUCUAUUUCUAUGGCAACAUUUACACAAGAGGAAAUAGAUUUUAUAAAGGAACGUGGUAAUGAAUAUUGCAGAAGAAUAUGGUUAGGUUUGAUGAAUCAAAAUUCAUCUCAAAAUUUAGAUACAAAAGAUGAACAAAAAAUGAAAGAUUUAAUGAGUGCAAAAUAUGAACUUAAAAGAUAUUAUUUGGAUCCAUCCAUGGCAAAUCAAAACUCAAAUCAAAAGUCACAAUCAUCUAAUCAAAUCAACAUUCCAAGGGUUCCACAUUCUGGAACAUCUACAUUAUCUUCCACAUCAACUUCAAAAAUAAACAAUGUUGAGUCAGUUAAUUUUAAUAAUUUUUCGACAGAUUUUGUAGCUGAUUUCAGCAAAGUUCCUGAUCCAUUUAUUAAUACAACACCUGCAAGUAAACUCAGUCAACCAAUUGUACCUCAGCCAUUCUUUGCCAAUUUUGACAACAAUCCUGUUUUUAAUAGUCCAAAAAAUACAAAUGUUGAAUCCUUAAGUCCACUUAGUCAGACUACAGGAAAUUUGACUAAUACAAUGAAUGCAAAUGGUACACAUGUACCUCCAUCAGAAGAUCGUUAUGCGGCACUGAAAGACUUAGAUUCCUUAAUGAAGCAAAUACAAUUGAAAGAUGAUACUGCAACAACAUUAAAUACAUCUACAUGGAAUACUAAUAAUGCUACAAAUUCAAUUUGGAGUGUAGGAAAUCAAACUACAAAUGUAAUUUCAAAUCCAUUUACAACUGGUGAUUUAUGGCGACCAUCUAAUGUAGUUAAUAAUAAUACACAAUCAAUUGAUACUUCUUUAUACAAUCCUAUUAAUCCUUUUAAACCAGUACAAUUUCCUGUGAAUAAUGAUCCACAAUGGGUAGGUAUUGGACCAUCUAGUAACAGAGAUGUAAUUCAAUUUAGUCAAUUAAUGACAAAUAAAGUAUGGCAACCAACUCUUCCUGCAUAUCAUGCAAAUCCAUUUAUGGUUGGUUCUGGUGUGAGCAACAUGACAAGAAAUUCGAACAAUCCUUUCUUAUGAUUAAAUAAGCAUAAGUUUUUAAUGGAAUUACGAACAAAUAAUAUAGACCUAAAAUAUGUUUAGCUUAGGGCAAUUGUUUAUAUAUGUGACCUUAUUGGCAAUUAGUGCCAUUAAUUUUUAUCUACAGGAGCACCAAUCUCUUAUUCAUAUAACUAAAUAAUACUUUUAUUUAUGAAUAUAAUAUACACGUUAAAUAAAUAAAGAUUAAUAUUUGUUACCAA